CGUUUAACAGCAUUUUGUCAUGUCAUCGACGGAAUUAUGAAACGUUGAUUUUCUGUAAUUUUUUCUAACAAUCCAAAACAAAACACAAAGAAAAACGUAUGCAAACAAUUGGUUUGUGGCAACUACAAAGCGAAAUUAGGUUGCAAGUUGUUGAAUGUGCGCGAAUUUUCGAGGCAUGAAAUUGGAGCAAAUUGAUCAUGACAACUAUGUUCGCCUAGCGAGUAUCUAAGCAAAUAAACGCCAUCAGACGCUAACUUGUGAAGGCGAUUUUCAAUUGGAAUUCGAGUAAAUAUGUUUGUGUAGUGGCAGUUGUUUUGGCUAUGGCAGUUCUAUUGAUUUGCAAGCUGGUGGAAAAAUUACCAGUGAAUCUACUAAAACGAAUACAUUAUCGAUGCAACGCUAAUAUCGAAGUACAAGGCCACGAUUACGAGAAAAGCGAUCUUCCCCCGAGAUUUGUAAGAGUAUUGCCACCUUCUAAAUAUGGCGGUGAAUAUUUUGUAACCCUACUAACGGGUUCUUCGAACAUCGGCAAGCAAGGCGCACAUUUCAUCAAACAUCUAUUCGAGGUAGCCAAAGUUCCAGUGAAAUUCGAAAGAAUUGAACUGGGACCGGAUGAAAAUGAGUAUCCCAAAGAAUAUCUGCAGUCAGUGCAACGCAAUCGUCAUGCAAUACAUGUUGACCUACAGCACGAUCCCGACGAGAAACACAAACAACUGCUGCUCAACAACGAUCUGGAUUUGUAUGUGGGUAUAAUACAUGUGAAUUCGAUCGAGGGAUACAAAUGUAAAUACCCAGAUGUGGAUAUAACAAUAUUGAUGCAGAAUAACGCCGGUAACUUCUCGAAAUUGGAAUACACACCGGUGCCGGGUAUGGUGGAGACAUUGAAAAUUGUGCAGCAACGAUAUAUUAAACGCUAUUUCAACUUCGUGUUCCAUUAUGCCAUCGAACAUUGCCAUGAGAAGGUCACUUUUGGUCACCAAGCAGUGGAAUUUCCUCUCUCUGACGGAAUGUAUAAUAAGAUUGCCUUGGAAAUGUAUAAUGAAAUUAAGCCAAAUUUUGAAUUUGAAUUAAUCCCGAUUCAUGACUUGGUGCGUAGUAUUGUCAUGAAACCUAAACACUUCGACAUAAUCUGUACCACCGACCGAUAUGGAACCUUUGUCGCUUCUAUUGCAAGUGCAGUUUGUGGGGGCGCCAGUUUGUUUAGUUCUACUGAGCGUGGCGACCAUCAUGCUGUCUUCAAGCCUUUGCAGACCCGUCUGUCCGUAACUCACUCCAAUGUGCUUAGUCCUUAUGGAAUUGUACGCGCUUGCAUAGAUUUAUUAAAUUAUUUGGGUGAAAAGGAUUGCGCCCAAGUAUUAUACAACGAACUGAUGACGACGAUGAUUUGUCGCGAUAUCAGAACGAGAGAGUUCGGUGGCUCAGACUCGGGCGAAUAUGUUGUUUGCGAUAUUGUUAAUCGAUUGAAAUGCAAACACUAUUGACCGAGAGCAUGUACUUUUAUCGAGCUGACAUUAAAGAUUUUUGGAAACAUCAUUUAAUAUUAAAAAAAAAAUGUUAUUUUGAUUGUAUAAAAUUAGUAAUAAUGUAAUGAUAUAGAUUUAUACCCAUCCAAAAGCAAAGCAAAAUUAACGAAAUUCUUAAUUACAUGCAUUUUAGAUAAUUUACGUAGUUAAUGAGACGGUCAUAUAUAUUAUGAGACUGUUCGAAAGACUUUUUACACUUCAAAAUAUUUCUAUUGAAGUCAAUGCAUUUAUCCAAUGCAACAUAAUCUUCUAUGUCCUCUUUGUUAGCUACCUCUUAAUACUCCCUCCAAAGAAUUUCCUAUUUGUGACAGCAUUUGUAACUUAUCAAGGCUAAAUCUCAGUAGUGUUAACAACCAAAAGCUAACAACGAUAAAAUGCAUCAAUGUAUUCUCCGUGAAAUUUUUCAGAUCAGAUUACUAUAGCAUAUAACUGCCAUACAAACCGAACGAUCGGAAUCAAGUGAUUGCAUGGAAAACUUUUUUUUUUUUGACGAGGUAUCAUUACGAAAUUAUAUUGGAAUCAAGUUUUUUAAGGAACAUUUGUAUAUGUUAAGGGUGUUAUAUAGGGUGAUCCAUUUCGAGGAUCCCUACUUUUUUAAAGAAAAUAAACACCAAAAAUUCAAAUUUAA